AGUUAAAUGGAGUACUAUUAAUUUUAGUUAAAAGAAUUAUCCUGUUCCACAAUGGCGAGGGUUGUUCGGAAUCUUCUCUUCCGCUCAUCCGCCGUUCCGCCACCGUUCAAAUUCCACGACCUCCGUCUUCCCGGCAGCUUUAGUUUCUCCACUUCUGCUUCAAUUCGCAGUAAAGCUCGCAAAAACAAAGGCAAAAACUUGGAGAAGAGCAGCAAUAUUAGUGUAAUUAACCAAAGCAAGCUUUCACAAGUGAAGCGACGGACUCGGUCGGAGAAAGAGCUGGAUGAGGAGGCGUUCCUGAAGAACUAUGGAAAUGAAAAUUCUGCCCAUGUCCCUGUCUUGCUCGGCGAAGUUUUGGAUGUAUUCACCUCCGUUACUCUCCGCUCUUUCCUUGAUUGUACUCUCGGUGCCGCCGGCCAUUCCUCUGCGAUAAUUCGAGCUCAUCCCGAAAUGCAAGUAUAUGUUGGGCUUGAUGUUGAUCCCAUUGCGCAUGAAAAGGCACAAUCUCAGCUGAAGAGUAUUAUAGAUAGGGACUCUUUUGAUACGGCUUCUGCCUUGAAAGUGCAUACCUUUUUGAAAAAUUUUAAGGACGUCAAGUCUGUGCUUGGUGAAGUUGCAGAUGACUUAUUGACUGGUGGAGUUAAUGGGAUCUUGAUGGACUUGGGUAUGUCAUCUAUGCAGGUAAAUGAUGCUGGAAGAGGUUUUAGCGUGCUGAAGAAUGGACCUCUUGACAUGAGAAUGAAUCCAAAGGCAACUCUAAAAGCUGAAGACAUAUUGAAUUCUUGGCCAACUGAUGAAGUAGGGCGAGUUCUACGAGAAUAUGGAGAAGAAAGCAAUUGGUACUCUCUUCAAAACAGAAUUGUUAAGGCUCGUCUACAUGGAGGGUUACAUUCUACCAAUGAUCUGGUAGACCUUAUUCAGAAUUCAACUUCUAGGACGAAAGGGAGGCAAGGUUGGAUUAAGACGGCUACAAGAGUUUUUCAGGCUUUGCGGAUAGCUGUUAAUGAUGAACUCAAAACUUUGGAGGAUUCCAUCCGUGCUUGUUUUGAGUCUCUCAGUUCUGGUGGAAGGCUUGCCGUAAUUUCAUUCCACAGUUUGGAGGACAGAAUAGUAAAGCAGACAUUUCUCGAUAUUAUGAACUGCAGUGAAGUUGAUGGAGGUGUGGUUGAAGAUGAAGAAGGGAAGCGCUUACGUGAGUUGAGGAAAAUUAAUCUUGAGACUGUUAAAGAAGAAGCAUGGAUUAAACAGGUGAUACAAGGACAAAAUGGAACUAUCCUUACAAAAAGACCCAUAACACCAUCUGAAAAGGAGGAAACACUGAAUCCUCGAAGUCGGAGUGCUAAACUAAGAGUGAUUCAGAAAGCCUGAAGAAAGGUGGACUUCAUAGACGUAUUGAACCUUAAGGAGAUCUUUCACUCUCGAAGAUGAGGAGCUUUACCAAUUGUUCAACAUCUAAAGUUAAGUAAUCACAACUUUUUCUUGAUCGUCCUUCAGCUUUAUUCGUCAUGAAUAGUUUUCCUCACAAGUAAUUAAGCCUUAUGAAGCUCUAGCUCCUCUGAACUUGUCAUACAUUUCAAUGAUUCACCAAUUUGGUACCACAUUCCGGUCAGCUUAUCAUCACAUUGUUUGAUCAAGGAAAUGGUGGUCCUGUAUGCUCCAUUCCAGAAACACCAAUCCAUAGGUUACUGGUGAUUAUCGACGUGCAUACUUAUUGAGUAGGAAAUUUUUGAUCGAGGAAAGUUUCUACCCGAUGCAAGGAAGGAACUUGACUGUCAUUCCAAGCUCUUAAAUAUGUUUGAUUCCGAGUAGUUCAGAUUAUCCCGAGGGUUUGAACAUUUGAAAUCAGCGUUGUGGAUAUGCGAUUUUGUAGCAUGAGGUUUUGAUAUAUGCUUUACUUGGUUACACUUGAAACAAGUACCUUAUUGAGAGCUUUGUAUUUUUACAAAUUUUCAUAUUGGCAUAUGGUUUCAUUUCUGUACUACGUUUCUCUAACCUGUGUUUCUUUCAAUUGUUGUGUUUAAUGUGCUUUACAUAAUUACAUUAAA